GCUAACGGUUUCCGGUAGCGGUAGCCCCGGAGGGUGGACCUAAAGAGGCAACGCCGCGUCCCGAAAUCCCGGACCGCUGCAGCAACUACGAGAUGAUGGGCUACGAGGCGUGCGAGUUAGAGUCCAUGGAAGGCGAAGAGGCCGUGGAGGUCCCGGGGCCACCCCCGGAGCCGCGAGCCCCGGAGCCCCGAGCCCCAGAACCCGAACCGGGCUUAGACUUGAGCUUGAGCCCGAGCCCUCUGCCCGAGAGUCCGGAGCGGCGGGACGGCAGCCCGGGGCGGCGGAAGGGGCGGCGGGGCGGCCGCCGGAGGGGGCGGCAGGUUCGUUUUCACCUGGCCCCGUCCUCUCCGGCCCGGUCCGAGCCGCUGGGCGACGAUCCCGCGGCGUCGCAUGAGCUGGAGACACCGACCCUGCAGAGCAGCCUGGCUUUGAGUUUGGAGUUGCAGAACGCGCGCGCCGCUAUCGCCGGCGGCCACUUUGACGCCUCCAAGGCGGUGGAGGAGCAGCUGAGAAAGUCGUUCCAGACCCGCUGUGUGCUGGAGGAGACCGUGGCGGAGGGGUUGAACGUGCCGCGCUCUAAGCGGCUCUACCGAGACCUCGUGAGUCUGCAGGUGCCGGAGAAGCAGGUUCUGAACGCCGCGCUCAGGGAGAAGCUGGCGAUGCUGCCGCCGCCGCAGCCCCGAGCCCCGCCCCCGAAGGAGGUGCUCGGGUCCGGGCCAGACAUAACCAUGCUGUGCAGUCCGGACUCCCUGUGUUACGAAUCUCCGCACUUGACAGUGGAAGGACUGCCCGCGCUAAGGCUUCAAGCCCGGACCCGCCCUUCAGAAGACACCUUCCUCAUGCAUCGCAUGCUGAGGCGCUGGGAAGCCUAGCCCUCAAAACAUCUCUUACUGCUUUUUGUUAAAACUGUUUCCUCAUAGAAUAAAGUGAGUUGUUGUUUUGCUAAAUUACCGAAUUCCUCUUCGGAGCUAUGAUGGUAUUAAACU